AUGACUGAGAGGCAGAAUUUACGAGGAGUACCUGAAGGCAGCGGGGAAUGUUGUCAAUGUGGAAGCUUCAAGAUGGUGAAAUUUGGGCUCCAGUUCAAAGCCACUUUGGAGAAUGUCACCAAUGUGAGGCCACUGGGGGAGGACUUCCGCUGGUUUCUGAAGCUUAAAUGUGGAAACUGUGGAGAGAUCCCAGAUAAGUGGCAGUAUGUAACCCUCGUGGAAAGUGUGCCACUAAAAGGAGGAAGAGGCAGCGCUAGUAUGGUGCAGAAGUGUAAACUUUGUUCCAGGGAAAAUUCAAUCGAUAUCCUGGCAGACACAAUCAAACCUUAUAACGCAGAGGACAGCGAAACAUUUAAGACGAUGGUGCAGUUUGAGUGUCGAGGUCUGGAGCCCAUUGACUUCCAACCUCAGGCUGGUUUCACUGGACAAGGAGCAGAAUCUGGAACACAGUUUCCUGAAAUCAACCUAUUAGAAAAAGACUGGACAGACUAUGAUGAGAAAGUCAAAGAGUCGGUGGGAAUAUAUGAAGUCACACACCAGUUCAUCAAGUGCUGAUGUCAUCGUGUCGUUGGGUGAAUGAACACUAAACAUCUUCAGGCUUCAGGUGUUCAGGAGCUGGAGAGGUUCGGUUGAUGGACAUUAACAGGCGUGGAUGAAUGCACACAGGUUCUCCAUACAGGUCUCGGAUUAAUCAACAUGUUCAAGGCUUUUUUCACUGCUUCAAUAAAGUUGAAAGGUGAC